AGCAUCGGCGGCUACGGAACCUUCCAGAACGUCAUAACCCUCGCCAACAUCCUCAAGCUCUUUAACCCCAAUCUCGUGGGUCCGGCUCGAAGCAGAACCGUACACGGAACCCCGGCUCCACUCAGUGAUACGGGUUUGAAUCUGGCUGUGACGGGACACAACACCUUGUAGGUAUCAGCGUACAGAACAACACCUUCUAAGAAGUUUCACAGGUGUGGAGCUUAAUAACAGACUGUGUGUGUGUAUGUGUGUGUGUAAGUAAUCUCCCUGAACAAGCUCGACGUUUGAUCGACACCUUGAAGAUGCUUGAGGUGAGAAGAUCAGACUGCUCCUAAGUCUGUGUUUUAUUGCAAAACGAGUUAAAUUUCACUUUUUGUGUUUAAACUCCAGGAGAUUAACUUCGACGAGGACUGGAAACUUCUGACGGUUCUCAUAGGCAUGAACGAUAUCUGCGACUACUGCAAGGACAAGGUCGAGUGUUCCACACGCUCCAUGUGUAACCUUGUAUUGUUCUUUUCACUACGUCCUUCACCUUCUUCUGUUUUUCUGUUUUUUUACACAGUCUCUGUACUCAGUGGAGAACUUCAUCCACUACAUGGCCACGUCCCUGGAGAUGCUGAUGAAUGAGGUUCCUCGUAUGAUUGUGAAUGUGGUUCAGAUUUUACCCAUGGGGACAUUAAGAGAGGUGCAGAAGCCCACGCCUGGCUGUCUACUCCAGAGGUCCUUCUGCUCAUGCCUGGUAAGGCCGGCUUCAGACUCUGCUGAACUUAAAGAGUUGAUGGACGUCAAUCUCCAGUACCAGAAAGCCCUGGAGCAGCUUCUGCAUACUAAUCGGUUCUUUAAAACGGACUUCGCCGUGGUUCUUCAGCCGUUCCUGAAACAUGCAGACCCUCCAAGACUUCCUAAUGGAAAGAUUGACAUGAGCUUCUUCACUCCAGACUGUUUCCACUUCACCAUAAAGGGACAUGAAGAGCUGGCGAAGGGUCUCUGGAACAACAUGUUCCAGCCUGAAGGUGAAAAGUUCAUGGUUAAGAGUUUUUCAUCUCCAAUUCAGCUCAUCUGUCCUCCUGUGGACCAUCCAUACAUCUACACCAGGCCCAAUUUUGUGAGGAGUGGCACGUCUGUACCAGCUCGGCACGUCAUGCUCCUCUUCCUCUCUGAGCUUAUGGUUUUCUUUUUCUUCUGCUAGACUUGGACUCAAAGUAAAUCCUGUAUUACGACUCUAUGCUGUCAAGAUUCUCCAAUAUUCCACUAUGUACAGAGUGCAGCUGUCUGAUAUCUCAGGUUGUAUAAUGCGCAAUAAGACAAGCAGAUAUGACAUAAGAUUUACAGCCAAACAAGAUGGGUUUUCAGUUGUGUUCAAAAAUCAGGAAGGAAGGUGCAAAAAAAAGAUGGACAAGGGCAGAGCCGUAAGGUUACAGUUUUGAGGUCUCACUGAAAGCCCUGUCUUCUGUGGUAGAUAGGUUGGCGGAACAAGAUUGUGCAGGGACUGUAAAGGAAACGUCUUUAUGAAUGAUUUGCAUAGUAAACAGUGUUCAAGUGUUAAGUUGAGAUCUUUUAUGAUGUCAGUUUGCUUUCAUUUCUUUAGUUCACGGUAAAUUGGUCCACUUAGGCUGCAGCUAAUGACUGAUUACUGAGAUGAUUAAUCCAUUAUUCCGGUAAUGAAUUAUCAAAUUCAAAGUUACCCAGUGGCUCUU